CUACUGGUAGCAGCAUAGCGGCACUUUUGAACAGAGAACCAGAAGAAGAAAAAAAAAGUAAAUGGAAGAAGAAACAAUGGUGACUCCGGGAGAUAUUUUAGGUAAAUCAACCGAAUUAAAAGCCGGUAAAGGUUCAUAUAUCGCACCCUAUCGUAACACUGAUAUCCUCUAUGUCUACGCCUCUCUCACCGGACUCCGCCGUACUCUGUCCCCUCCUCCUGACUCCAAUGACCAGAGACCAACUGUGGAAGUAACUGGACUCAAGGCUCGUGGUGCUGUUCCAGAGGCUGGUUCUGUUGUCAUUGCUCGAGUUACGAAAGUAAUGGCUAGGUUGGCUUCAGCCGACAUUAUGUGCGUAGGUCCCAAGGCUGUACGAGAGAAGUUUACCGGCACAAUUAGGCAACAAGAUGUUAGAGCGACUGAGAUUGACAAAGUGGAUAUGCAUUUAUCGUUUCGCCCUGGUGACAUUGUCAGAGCUGUAGUUUUGUCCCUUGGAGAUGCACGGGCUUAUUAUCUUUCUACAGCCAAGAAUGAGUUAGGAGUGGUAUCUGCAGAGAGUGCAUCAGGUGAAGCAAUGGUGCCGAUAAGCUGGACAGAGAUGCAAUGCCCAUUGACUGGCCAAAUUGAACAAAGAAAGGUUGCUAAAGUUGGAAGUUAAUCUUAUUGUAAAAUAAAGCUUCAUUGAGAGGCAUUUUAACUCUGCUUCUUCCUGUGAUUUUUUAGAGGAAGGUGCACGCUUUCCGUCGUUUAGGCAGUGUUUCCAAUUUUCAAUGAUUUAUAGGUUCUCCAGUUAUAAUUUUCUUUCAAUCAUCUUUAAUGAAAUUGAUGUUCCUGAUACGGCUCAAUUCCUUUGUAAUCGACAUACCUUGAUUAGCCAUAAAUACAAGGACUUUUCUGUGUCUUGGUGAUGCACUUUCUCUA